CACGUAGAAAAAAUGGCAGUGGCACUCUCAAUCCGACACCGUUUGGCUUCACGCUUCAUAACACCAUUUCAUCACUUCACAUUCUCAUUCUCCUUCACCACCGCCACCACCACCUCACCACCGCAACACCACCAUCGCACAACUCCGCCGCCAAUCCGAGUUGCCCUCACCGACUCAGUCGGCCGCGCCGUGUUCGCCACUCGGCCGAUCGCUGCCGGAGAUCUCAUCCACACCGCCAAACCCGCCUUGUGCCACCCUUCUCCCUCCGCUGUCCACACCGUCUGCUACUCCUGCCUCGCUAAGCUCGCGAAUCGCACCAACUCCGAACCUCAACGCGUGUCGUUUUGCAGCCAAGAUUGCGAACGACGCUGCAAGGAAUAUUACGAUUUCGAGAUGAAAGCAAAUUGGACGGCUUUUGAUGACUAUUGCCGGACCCAUGGUUUGAAAUAUCCCUUUCUCGUAAAGCGGUUGGCUUGCAUGGUCGUAUCGGGAGUUGCUAGAAGUGACAGUCUUGACAUACUUCAGCCUGCCAAUUUGACACCUGAGAUGAUUUUAGAGAUGGAAGAGGAAUUUGCCUUACUAAGGAAUGCCUUCACAAAGACUCUGAUUGCAGAUGAACAUAUUGCUUUUUUAACCAGGCAAUGGUACAUUAGCGUUUUGGCACGAAUUCGAAUCAAUGCAUUUCGUAUUGAGUUGGCUGGAGGACUAUAUGAAGAUCUUCUUUCAUCAGCAGUUGCAUCUGUAGAAGCUGAAGCUGCUGUUGGAAAUGCUGUGUAUAUACUUCCAUCCUUCUACAAUCAUGAUUGUGAUCCUAAUGCACACAUUAUAUGGAUAGAUAAUGCCGAUGCAAAAUUGAAGGCCCUCCGUGACAUUGAAGAAGGCGAAGAACUCAGAAUCUGCUAUAUUGAUGCCAGCCUGGACCGUGAUGCUCGGCAAGAACUAUUAUUUGGAGGUUUUGGUUUUCAAUGCAAUUGUAGUAGGUGCUUACAUGGCGAUUAAUUAUCCUUCUCCCAAGAUUUUCUCCUAGAUUUUGCAAUAUUUAGUGGUUGUAACAUUGAACUGGAUUGCAAACAGUGACGAAGCUAGGUCUUUUCCCAACUUUCCUUGAUCCCAUUUUUUUAAUCAUUAUUGGUACUUUCCUCCCAUUGGAAAAUUAGCCCCCAGUGAGUUAUAUGAGUUGCGUUUCUGGGAGUGAAGUAUGGAACGAAUACUAAGAAUUCUCAA